AUUCUUCCACGCCAUAUACCAGCUGAAAUUCAUGCUUCAAAGAGAGAGAACGGAAAGAUCUACACAACUCCAUUGAUCUCUCAUAGUUUUCGCCAUGAAAAGGGUUUCUACUUUCACCUCCUCAACACUCCGCCGGACUUUUCUAACUUCUCACGAUGCUCGAUCAGUUCUCGGCUUUCAAUACACCUUAUUUCAGGCUGCGGAGUAUAAUAGUUCCGCCCAACUCGGCGCCUCCUCUACUGGGCGCCGUUGGAUUUCUUCUAUUUUCAAUUCGAAAUUUGGCUCCACGGCUAGCAUUGCAUCCCUUACCCUCGCCGGUGCUGUUGUUACAACCGCUGGAGCAGCUUCAUUAUUUCAGGAGGCUCACGCCAAAGAGCCUCUCUCACCUGAGUUUGCUCCCAAGGAUGUUGUUCUUUAUCAAUAUGAAGCUUGCCCUUUCUGUAACAAAGUCAAAGCCUUUUUGGACUACUAUGACAUACCAUACAAAGUAGUGGAGGUCAACCCAAUUAGUAAGAAAGAAAUUAAAUGGUCUGAGUACAAGAAGGUGCCAAUAUUGGUGGUGGACGGUCAAAAUCUGGUUGAUUCCUCAGAUAUUAUUGAUAAGUUAUCCGACAAAAUUCAUCCCAAGAAAUCAGUUGGUUCCAUACCCGAGGAUGAUGAAGAGAUCAAAUGGCGCAGGUGGGUGGAUAGUCAUCUAGUGCAUGUUCUUUCACCAAAUAUAUAUCGCAGUACAUCUGAGGCUUUAGAGUCUUUUGAUUAUAUCACUAGCAACGGUAAUUUCAGCUUCACUGAAAAAAUUACAGUAAAAUAUGCUGGAGCUGCAGCUAUGUACUUUGUAUCUAAGAAUCUGAAGAAAAAGUAUAACAUUACGGAUGAGCGUGCUGCCUUGUAUGAAGCUGCAGAAACUUGGGUUGAUGCUUUGGAUGGCCGAGACUUUCUUGGAGGUUCAAAACCUAACUUAGCGGAUCUAGCAGUAUAUGGAGUUUUGCGACCCAUUCGUUAUCUGAGAUCAGGUAAGGACAUGGUGGCUAAUACUCGUAUUGACAAUUGGUACUCGAGAAUGGAAAAGGCGGUUGGAGAAUCAACUAGGACCAAUACUUGAAACUGAAUUUUUUUUUUGUGGCUUUGCUCUUGGUUGAGUUGAAUUCAGUUAUUUUUGCUAUACAUACAUUUUUUUUUACUUAUUUUUGGGAAUGCACCAAUAUUUGUUACAUAUAUAUUUAAUAAGAGGCUUACUGUGACUGGCUAACCUGUUGCAUUACAUUUUUAUUAAAAUUAAUCAUUAUUGACUACUUCAUGCAUAUCAUUGACUUUAAUCAUUAUAUUCACCUUCCUCUUUGAGGAAUUGUUAGUUCUGUAGCAUUUUAUUUUUUGACAUUUGAAUGAUGAACUACUCAUUAUAGAGUUUAAGUUAUGGUUUAAUA